AUGUCGCUUCCGUCUACCAAACCCGCCCAAACCUCGAUUCGAUCCUUCUUUUCGUCAAAGACUCCUAAAUAUGCGCCUCCUCCUUCUCAAGCUGCCAACCCUCCUCCUCCGUCACCAGCAGCAGCUGCCCCUCCACCGACCUCGAGCGCAGAAGACUUGACCACGAGUUCGACUUCCGAAUCCGGGAUCCCUCCUCUUCCGACCUCCCUUCCUCAAGAAGCGACAAUUCGACUCGUCUCGGGCGACGACGUCAAUGCCUUGCGUCGCAUUAACGCUCUGCUCCUGCCCGUGAGUUACCCGGAUAAUUUCUACCAGCGCGCCGUCGACCCCUCUGCCUCUGGUCGCUUCUCUCGUGUUAUCACAUGGGCCCAUGAGGGAGCUGAGCCCAAGGUUGUUGGCGGUGUUGUCUGUCGAGUCGAACCCCUUCUCGAUCCCAACGCCCCAGGGGAUGUUCCUCAAAAUCUGUACAUUCAGUCCUUGUGCCUUCUUUCGCCUUAUCGGUCGCUGGGACUAGUGAACGCCGCCGUGGACAACAUCGUUGCAACAGCGGUGUCAGAUCCCAAUUUGAAUGUGACAAACGUCACUGCGCAUGUCUGGACUGAGAACGAGGAAGGGCUGAAGUGGUAUGAAGGUCGAGGCUUCAAGCGCCAGAACCAACCAAUUCAGGGUUACUAUCUCAAACUACGACCCAACUCUGCUUGGCUAGUCAGCCGUCCCACGGGUGCUUCUGUUCGAGGUCUGUUGCCCAUGUCCUCUUCUGCACCUCCAAGCUCUGUCCCUGCAAGUGCAACCGCUGCUGCUGCCAAUCUGGACCCGGCUUCAGGUCCUCCUAGGAACGGCGCUUCACGACCGCCCAUGCCGCCUUCUGCACGGUCCUACCAGAACCAAGGACCCGAAAGGGAGUGGAACGACUUGCCUGACGAUAUGGCUGGCAGUCGACUUGCGCCACCGCCCCGCGGGGCUGUUGGAGGUACCGGCUCCGGCGCAAGCUCUAGGAGUAGCUCUGCGGCAAGAAAGAAGAGAGAUCGUUCUUACCCUGCUGCAGCCUUCGGAAGCUAG